UGUGUCAUUGUGUGUUUGCUUAUCAUUUCCUACGUGUGCUUUUGUCAAUCGGUGUGUGUACUGACCUAGACGGUUGGUCUGAUGAGCAAGCAGACGCACGUUUUGAUAUUUUCCGCUCGCUUUUCGCUGGAUGCGAUUGUGGAAUAAUUACAUCUCCUGGUCGUUACCAUAAUUUGCCACCUUUUAAAAAAAAGGCAAUUUAUAUCUAAAGUCAUUCAGAUGUUUUUGGUGAUUUUCUGUGUUCGAGUCAUUGAAUUUUGAAAUUGGUUGCUCUGGAUUUGUUGCGCUUGCCGCGGAUUUUUGUUUUCGGGAAUUUUGCUGUGUUUUAUUUGUGGAACCUGGUGGAGCUGUUGUCCAUUGUCUACCUGUGUUUGGUCCUCAAUCAAAAUGACGGGAGAUAAAAUAUUCCCACAGGAACCUGCCCGCUGGACUCGUGCCGAAAACAUGUCUUAUUUAAACGAAGCGUUUGAGAUGGAGAGAUGGGAUGAUGGAGAUGAGAGGAUUACAAUACCAGAAUCACCAUCGAGUGGUGAACAUGUAGUACACUUCAGGCAGAGGCAAAGGUCAGCUCGGUAUCAAAAGGAUCUGGCUGACCGGCGCAUUUCGGUCCAUCCAGAUCUACAUAACUCAUCCUCAAACAGUCCAUGGGUGUCUCUUCUGCGUGAAACCAGCUGGACCCCUAGCUUGAAUGAGCGGAGACAGUCACUACACAAUCUUAUCGAAGACACAUUAGAUGCAGAUAUCGAACAAGACAACAGAAGGUCUCGUUUAAUGAACGAACCUGUGAAAAGGUUGAAAGGAUUUCAGAAAUGGAAACACACACGGAGAGUGGAAUGGCGUCGAUUCAAGGACAGAGUAGCAGAUUCUUUCUCGUCUCUGAUAAUAUGGAAUGGAUCUUUCAAACAAAUCGAAGGUGCCUUUGGAAUGGGCAUAGGGUCCUAUUACCGCUUCCUCAAAUUGCUGUUUCAACUGAACAUCGUCAUUGCCCUCAUCAUGAUACUACCCAUUACUGUUCCUCAGGCGAUUUUCUCACCCGCCACUUUCAACGAAUCUCUCCUACUCGUCAACUUUUCAACUGCUGCUCUGGACGUUCCAUUAAUAAGUGCCCAGGUGGCAGUAUCAAUACCAUCGCCCAAUGAUACCAGUGGCGUAGCGCAAGCUCUGACAUCUUCGACUAGUGUGAACUUUGUUGCCGACGCAAUGAGCUGCUCUGCAAACUACACUGCGACUGUGGAUGAGCGUGUGGCUGCAGCGACACCUCUAGAGUCAGUCUUAUCAUUUCUCCAGGGAGACGGUUGGAUGACAAACACAAUUCUUUUUGCUGGAUACUACUUCAACAAAACCGUGUAUAGCCAGGGUGAUCCAGUUUUCUCCUACAACAUGCCGCUGGCCUAUAUCCUGGCCACUGGUGCCUACUUCCUCUUCAGUUUGAUUGUCAUGGUGACAUACAUUGGCGAGGGCUUCCGGCAGAACUUCCUCGAGGGCGAGGGAAAGAUGUUUGCUUACUGCAACAACACGUUUGGAGGCUGGGAUUAUUGUAUCAGUACAGAGAAGGCUGCCAAGAUGAAGCAGAAGAUCCUAUAUGCGGACUUGACACGAGAUCUCGAAAACGAACGCAUGAAGAUGCGUCGUUCUAACCGCACGACCAAAGAGAAAUUCUCGCUCUACAUCAAAAGGAUCUUCAUCAAUAUUGUUGUGAUCACCGUUCUAUGUGGUGCAGGCUAUCUCAUCUUUCUCAGUAACAAGUACUCACUAGAGUGGGGUCAGCUGACCACUCUGAAUGACUUUGUGAAGCUGAUUGUGGAGUACUUGCCUGCUCUUGUGAUCUCCAUCUUGAACUUCAUCAUUCCCUUGAUGUUCAUCCAUAUUGUCAGACCCGAGGAUUACACGCCCGAGUUUGAGAUCAGAAUAACACUUCUCAGGACAGUAUUUUUGCGACUUGCUUCCUUGACGGUACUCAUCCUGUCUGUCUACACUCAAAUUACUAACUGUGAAACAUAUGUUUGUGGAAACUGCCAGACAACUUCAUAUUGCUGGGAAACUUUCAUCGGGCAACAGUUCUACAAACUGGUCAUGUUGGAUUUCUUCAUCCCAGUUGGAAUUGCUAUAUUUGUGGAGUUCCCACGCAAGCUUCUUUGGAAGAAGUUUAAUGACAAGAAGAUCUUCAAAUUGAUUGGCGAACAGGAAUUCAUCAUUGCUAAACAGGUUCUCGAUAUUGUCUACUCUCAAACACUUUGCUGGAUUGGUGCCUUUUUCUGCCCCAUCAUUCCUGGCAUGACCGUGGUCAAGUUCUUCAUCCUCUUCUACAUCAAGAAAUAUGUUCUCUUGUUCUGCUGUGUUCCAAGUGCAAGGACGUACAGGGCUUCCAACUCCAAUGCCUUCUUUACAUCCAUGUUGCUCCUUUCAUUUAUCUUGACGUGUCUACCAGUCGGAUGGUCCAUCGCAAAAAUUUCUCCCUCUCAGAGCUGUGGUGCCUUUCGUAUCUACAGCAAAGCUGACUUCGUUAUGUUUGACAGUAUAACAAAUGUGAUCGGAACGUGGCCUCAAGAAGCAAAAGAUGUGUUUUACUUCCUGGGCUCUCCUGCGUUUUAUGCCCCUCUAGCUGUGCUACUACUCAUUUUGAUCUACUACUACUACUGUGUUGCGUCCGGUCAUGAACGGAUGAUAGAGAUUCUCAAAGAUGAACUGGCAAUGGAAGGGAAAGACAAGAAGUUUCUCCUGGAUCGUGUCUAUGAGGCACAAAUGAAGAAGGAAUCUCUCUCCCGACAAGCGGUUGCCUCAUGAUUCAGCACAACCCAAAAAAAUUAUAUAUUUAGGCGAUUUUUUGCUCAGCUUAUUUUGAUGCAGUUUUGGACAAAAGGUUACUGAAAUACAGCCUGAGGCACUAUUUAUAUGAGCUUGUUGGUCAUCAUCAUCGAUCAGCUGCACAGCAGGUGGCCAUAGGCUUCCUCUUUCUAACCCACAUUGUACCAGAACCUGGGCCAGGUCCUGAACAUUCUGAACUAUCAGAGGUAGUCCGUCUGUAAACUCCCGGCCCAGCUCCAAGCUGGUUGAAGGGUGCCUGUGCAAAGGCCUGUAUUAUGUGUAACAGGACUACUUGAAAGAGACACAGCAAAAUCGGCUAAAUUGCAAUCUAGUCUACACAGUAUUAUAGUGUGUGUAUAGUACCCUCUGGAUACACUUAUGCCUAAACCGCAAUAAUAAAGAUACUUGAAGUUGUGAAUCCUAAUGGGAGUAAUGAAAAAAUGGCAAUUUCUGACAAUAGGCAGUCCCCCUUCCAAAAAAGAUCCCGCCUAGCAGUGAGAGAACUUUGUUAAAGGAUAAUGCUUUCGUCUCCAAUUCAGGAGGAGUGUCAUGACAAUAUCCAAAAAGAUCAAAAUGAGCUUAUUUGUCUGUCUUUCAGAUCUGUCUGUCUGUGAUACAAUGUUUGUGUAUAACGUCUGUGUCGGGCUUGAAGGGGUUUGCCCUUGGUAAUAACUGGUGGUUCGGGAAAAUAUAAAUGCAGUUAUACACAAUGCUGUAUUGCAGCAUACUAAUACAUAUACGCAUUUGCUGAAACUUGGUACUUAUAAUAUUUUGUUAUCUGUCUACAUAACAGCAAUGCUGAAAGUAAUAUCUAGUACGUAUAUUUAUGCAAUUAGAACUUUGCAAAUUCAAUAACAAUUUCAAAUUUUUAACGAAAGGCUUAGGCCAAGACUUUUACUCUUUAUUUCCAAGUAAAUCUAUUUUAUACUCUUUUAUUGUGAUGUCAUGUCAUGUUGAAUUAAUCACCAAAAAGCCUAUUUUAUACCUACUUUAUACUCUUUUAUUGUGGUGUCAUGUCUUGGUGAAUUAAGGCCCUAUUUUAUACUCUAAAAUCAGGUUUCAUUUUGGCCCUAACCCUGUGUCAUAAUCUAUGGUCUGUAACGAACAACAAGAAUUGAUAAAGACCAUAGAUUAUGAUACAGAGUUAGGGCCAAAAUGAAACCUGAUUUUAGAGUAUAAAAUAGGGCCUUAAUUCACCAAGAAAUGACACCACAAUAAAAGAGUAUAAAGUAGGUAUAAAAUAGGCUUUUACUCUUUAUUUCCAAGAAAACCUAUUUUAUACUCUAUUAUUGUGGUGUCAUGUCAUGGUCAAUUAAUCACCAAUUUUAUACUCUAAAAUCAGGUUUCAUUUUGGCCCGAACCCUGUAUCAUAAUCUAUGGUCUGUAACGAACAACAAGAAUUGAUAAAGAGUAGUCUUUUUAAUUAAUUAUUAGUAACAAUUAUACUACAUGUAGAUUCAUGUAACUACAAUGUACAUGUACAAGUAACAUAUUCUACAAGUACAGGUAUGCUAUAAGAAUCACUUAUUGACCUGUAACCUGGUAGAUAUCAUAUAUAUGUCUCCGUUUACUAAUGUUGUUUAGCUUGAUUUAAUUUUAACAUGCAGAUUCUAUAACACUACAUGUAGUAUUCCACUUAUUACUGAAAUAAAAUUAAUAUUCAUAUUUUGACACCCAAAUAAUUUUGCUAUGACAGGUGACUGCUGGAGAAGCUGGAGAACACUCUUGGUUUUAUCCUAUCGCUGUGGCAUUUGGAUGAGGGAGUAUUUCGUUUUUUAAUCAACUUUGGGAACGUUGUCUAUUAUACGUGUAAGGCCGCACUUUUUUAAUAAAUUUGAUUACAAAACUUCAGAUCCAAAACCUAUGUGGGUGGGGCGGGAAUAAAAAAAUUCUUCCAUCUCAUGGGAGUAUUUCGUUUUUUAAUCAACUUUGGGAACGUUGCCUAUCAUACAUGUAAGGCCACACUUUUUUAAUAAGUUUGAUUACGAAACUUCAGAUCCAAAACCUAUGUGGGUGGGGCGGGAAUUAAAAAUAAUUCCAUCAGACUCAAAUCUAUGUGGGGCGGUAGAAUAAAAACAUGCUUAUUUUUUAUCAACUUUAGCCUCAGAUCAUACAAGGGGACCCAAAAAAUAAAAAUUGGUUGAAAUUGGUCGUCGGGAAAAAUAUUUUUUCAUUUCUCUCUAUUUCAUGGUCGGGGCAGGGAAAAAAAGUGUGUCAAAACUGUCGUCGGGACUUCUUUUUUUUUCCACUUUCCGGAAAUGACCCCCAGGGGGAUUGUGUCAUAAUCCAACAAAUAAAAAAAAGUGGCCUAAAUCAGACUGGUUUUAAUUACAAUAUUUAUGCCUUAUCAAAUACGCUGCUGUGUGAUAUAUUUAUAUCUUAUAAUUGUAAUCAUGCAACAUGAUUUUAUAAAAUGUUGACCUUUGUUAUAUAAAUGAAUAUAUAUCUUAUAUCAGAUUAAACAUUAAACUUUGUAUAUUCUCGUUGGAAAGUAGAGGGACACCAGAUUUACCUGACUACUUGAUAGUGUUAUUUUAACAAAUCCAUGUCGAAAAAAAGUUUCUAAUGUGACGAAAAUAUCACAGUUUCAAAAUAUUGAAAAAAGUUUUGAAAUAUUGAAAUGUUCACUUCCAAAUGAGAAAUGUUCACAUCCCCUUUGUGUCUUUUGGUGGUCCUUUAAAUUUAGAAAGCUACACACUAAUUGUAUAUUUCUUAUUCUGCGAGACUCGAUUAUUAAUUGAAGGGGCUAGCAACUUUUUUGCAACCCAAGAUAUCGUAACCAAGAAAAUUUUUCGCCGGGUUUUAUCUGCGAUUGCUUACCUUUUAAUACAAAACAUUUACCAUGCAUAUAUUUUGCACAACUCUGUAAUGCAUAAUCUGUAAUGCUGAAUGUGUACAUGUAGGUGUGAUAGUGCUGAUGCUAGAUAGUUUUUAUUGGAGCAUGGAGGUAUUAUUAAUAAUACCUCCAUGAUUGGAGUCAGUUGCUCAAAACAAAACUUCCCCGUUGAUGGAGGGUCGGUUCAAAACCUGGCACUGGCACUGGCACUGGCACUGCCCCAAGGUAAUUUCUGGUCUGCAGACUAGAUUUUGCUUAUGCCUGAUCGCAGUAGGCCUAGUUCUGAACCAAAUAUUGGCCCAAAUAUUUACCGAUUGUCCUUUUCCAUUUGAAACAACCUGAUAUCCAGAGCUAGAGAUCCAUGCACACUCCUUUGUAAAAUGUCAGGCUAUAUACACAUGGCGUAAGGGAUUGUCUGCAGUCGGCAGCCACUUUUGCACAGGGGGGCUUGAGAAAGGAAUUUGGUGAAGUUUUAAUAAUCAAUGCCUUUUACGGACACAAUAAGCUGCAAUCCUCAUCAGUUUUCACCAAUUGCAUUUUAUGGGACGUAAAACUUUUAUUUUGUUGUAUUUCUUGCAAAAACGCUGCCAGUGCCAGUGCCAGUGCCAGUGCCAGAGUGCCAGUGCCAGGUUAUGAACGGACCCGUUGUUGGAGGGUAAUUUGAUACUCUCAAAAGUUCUAUUGUAAGUUUUAGCCAUUUUUUGUUGAAGCCGGUAAAAAGUUUCAUGAUUCUAUCUUUUUUCAAAGUAAAAUAAGAAUCACUGUGGUACAUAACAAUGAAAUGUGAUAUCUACAUGUAUUGUAUGGGUGAAUGUAAAAAUGAAUAUACAAAUAAAUAUAACGUUAUUUUACACUAAAUUC